AUGUGGUGGAUAUUUAUAAUUUUACUAAUUCAAAUUGGUGACACUCGAAAAGUUGCCGAUAUUUUAUGGAACUCAUCCAAUCCUAUGUAAGUUUCUAAGUUUCAUUCAGAAAUGAGCUGAGUAAUUUCGAAUAUCAGGAUAGUAAUCAGAGGGCAAAAUUCACUAGAAAAAAUGUAUUUUAUCCAAAAAUCUUGAGUGAAAGUUCAAACAGUUCCUUGUGUUUUCGCCGCGCGCGCAAAUCCUUGAACAUGAUGAAUGGCUGUAUACAGUUAGUUAGUUAGUCAAUUAUAUUAUGUAGAUACAUACUAGUCUUGAUUGAGAGAAAAAUACACACAAAUUCAACCUUGAGAUCAUCUACAGUCGGGUGCGAGCAAAGGGAACGCGGUUGUAAACUGUUGUCUGCAAUGAACUUCGCCGCAAAAAGAUACUUUUUUUAUUGGGAUGGGUUGGGAUUUUUCGGGAUUUAUGUUUUAUGUAUAGGUGUAAUUAGGAAGGGUUUGAAAAUUGAGGGAAGGGUGAGUUGUGACGUGCCAAGUUUUCUUUGAAAAGAAAUUUUGCUCGGUAUAGCUCAAGCUACUUUUUUUCAGUUUCGACAUCUCAAAUACGGAUCACGUGAUAAAUGUCCAAAUCAAUGAUCACAUCCACAUUGAAUGUUCGGAUCCAUCAAAUCAAUAUGAAUAUUCAAUGAUUUAUAUGGUCAGCGAAGAGGAAUACAAUCAUUGUUACCUUAGUGAAAAUUCGCGAGUUUUUGGAAUCUGCGACAACGAGACCAAUCAAUCGGGCGGAAUUCGACACACAAUUCGAUCGGUGAAUCCAACACCGGGAGGAUUUGAAUAUAAACCAGGGAACAAUUAUUAUUUGAUCACAACAUCUGAUGGUUCUCGCGAUGGAAUUGAUCGGAAAAAGGAUGGACUUUGUACAGAAAGAAAUAUGAAAAUCAAACUUGUUGUUGGCAAUGAGCAUAGUCCUAAAUUUGCCGCACGAACUUAUACCAAAGAUUCGCCGUUUUCAGAUAACAAUGAACAAGUUAUGUAUGUGAUUCAUGAUGGUAAGUGUUAUCAACUUCGAGAUUUUUCUUCAAAGAUAUUUAUUUUUUUUACAUUUUCAGACGAAGAUGAUUCGAGCUCAAAUUCCAAUAUCUACUUCACCUUAUUUUCUGCACUUCUAAGUCUAUUCAUAAUUGUAUACUAA